AUGACGGGCGUAGAGGAGAAACCAGUUGUGGCCUACCUGGGACCAGAGGGUAGUUAUACUCAUCAGGCCGCCCUCUCCACCUUCCCCCCUCAGGACCCUCCAACAACAACCCUCACUCCCCUCAUCACAAUCCAAGACGUCUUCUCUGCCGUACAAUCCGGCACAGCAUACCGAGGCGUCGUUCCCUUUGAAAACAGCUCCAACGGCUCCGUCCUCUUCACCCUCGAUCUCUUCGCGGACCUCGAGGGAAAACACGCUGAUAUCCUCGUUUGCGACGAAGCGUACGUAGCGGUACGGCACUGUCUUCUCGGCCGUCCUUCCCCUACUUCAACCUCCACGGACACUUCCACCGGCGCAGAUAAAGACUUGUCACAUAUCAAACGCAUCUACUCUCACCCGCAAGCCUGGGGCCAAUGCAAAAACUUCCUCACCACGCACUUUCGCAACGUCGAGAAGAUCGACGUAAGCUCCACGUCGCGCGCUGCGCAAAUCGCAGCCCAAGAUGAGACGGGCACGUCGGCCGCGCUGUCGAGUCCCGUUGCAGCGGGCAUUUUUGGGCUGCAAGUGCUGGCCGAGGGGGUGAAUGAUCGGUUGGGGAAUACGACUAGGUUUCUUGUCCUCCGUCAUGGUUCGUCUUCUUCUGCUCAGCAAAUGCCUGGGCUUGUGCAAGCCAAGGACCAAGGGGAUACGGAGAUGAAGAGUAAAGAUGAGCAUUGGAAAUCCCUAGUCACAUUCACAGUCCAGCACUCGAACCCCGGUGCGUUGGCGAAUUGUCUGACGGCGUUUUCAGCGCAGGGGAUUAAUCUUACGUCGAUUAAUACUCGGCCGAGUGGGGAUAGGAAUUGGCAUUAUGUGUUUUUUGUCGAGUUAAAGGGGAGGAGUAGGCGGGAUGAGGGAGAUGGUGGUGAGGGAGAGCAAAGGGGGGCGGUGGAUAGAGCGUUGGAGGGGUUGGGCAAGGUGUGUAGUGGAUAUCGGUGGUUGGGGAGUUGGGAGAAUAGGCUUGAUGAUGAUGAGAAGAAGGAGGAGGAGGAUGGGGGGAGUGGGUGA